AUGGACCAGAAGCAGAAGCUUGAUAUGGCUAACGGUGCUACUGGGCCCGCGCUACCGCAACCGGCGGUGAGGUUCCGUCCAGCGGGGGUUGAAGAGGACGAUGUGUUGUCUAGGAUUCUUUGCAAUGCCUUCCUCCCCAUCUGGGAUCACAAUUGGUUUCAGGGCGUGUCGGCACCGCUUGAACCGGUCGUCGUCAACGUCAACGUCACCGUCAGCAACAACGGCAACGGUAAGCCGUCGUCGGGCUCGAUGAGCAGACAGCAGAAGUCGCGGGUCAGGUUCUACUGGAGCCUGAUUAAAUUGACGAGGCUGCUCGGCGGCGAGGUGCUGGUAGCCGAGGUGCCAGCUGCACGCGCCGCAGGGAAGACAGAGACAGAGACAGAAGCAGAAACUGACAUCGGAGCGAUCCUUCUGUGGCUUCCUCCGUCCAAGCGACUGGGCGCCUUGGACGUUGGCACGCUCUGGAAAUCCGGCUUCUUCUCGCUCAUGCUGCCGUGGAAUUAUGGACUCGGUGGACUGUACCGCAUCGAGAUGGUCUCUGAAGCCAACGUGCGGUCCAUGUUUGCCAGGACGCUGAAGGACGCCUGCGGCUUCGCGGAUCGAGACUGUGGGUUUGUGCGGAUGGUAGCCAGUAACCCCAAGUACGCGGGCCAGGGAUAUGGGUCGAAACUGCUGCAGCAUCAGAUCGAGCGACAUUUCGCCCGCUUUGCACACACGCCCGUCAUCUUGGACACCAGCACCUCUCAGGCCGUGCGUGCAUACCAGAGACUGGGCUUCACGCUUCUGGCCGAAGUCCCCGUCGACACGGGCACCGAUGCAAGAGGCAUCCCCUUGACCAAGUCUGCCAGUGAGGAGGUCAGGCGCCAGGCGAGGGAGACUUGUGUAGAGAGAGUGAUGGUCAGGCUUCCGUAA